AUGUGGACCUCUCAUGAUACUGUUGGAUUUGUUUUCUUAGCCGGUUUUUGUGUGCAAUUCGGAUUCUCCUUCGAAGGUCGCUUCACGGAUCUGCCCUCCAACAUGACGGUUAAAGAGGGACAAAACAUAGAAAUGGCGUGCGCGUUCCAGAGCGGAACUACGUCUGUGUAUUUGGAGAUCCAGUGGUGGUUCGUGAAAACGCCGGAGCCCAUUGACAGCGAGGAGGUCGUCGAUACUGAAGAGAUGGAGAUGAUACCAGAACCUGAUCCUGAUGAUGAGGGGACAAAAAUAAGUACAGUGAAGGUCCAGGGCAACGACAUCUCACACAAGCUGCAGAUGUCCAGAGUGAGCAAGAGUGACGAAGGGCUGUACGAGUGCCGGGUGACGCGGGCUAACUACGGGGAGAUUGUGGAGUACAAGGUCCAAGCCUGGCUGAAGGUCAACACCACGGCCAGACCACGGCGACCACUGACACCUCCCAAGAAGAGCUCGCCACUGCACCUGACGGACAAGAAGCCAAGAAAGUCCAACUCACCGCAGGACAGCAUGAGCUCAGACCAGAGGGUGUCCUCCACCUCCACCUCUCACACAUCCUCCAAUACAGUUCAACAGAACCCAGGCUCAGCUGCUCAGACAGCCUUAGCCACCUUCUAUGAGCAGCAGAGAGGUGUUGAGCUGAGGGCGACAGAGUUCUAUUACUCCUGUGCUCAGUGCAAACCCGUCCUCAUCCUCAUCAUCCUCAUCGUCGCCAGCAUCACCUUCGUCCUCAGCAUCUGCAUCACCGUCAUCAGCAUCCUCAGCAUCAGAUUAGCUGGGGGGAUGAGGCAUGUUUUCCUCCAUCAGAGCCAUGUGAGACUCAGAUCCACCCCAUUCAGCCCCUUCUCACCUUCCAGCUCCGACUACCACAAUAUAGCAGAUGAGCUGGCAGGCAAACAAGGAAGGAGAAGAAGAAAGGGUGGCUGA